AUGGACAGUUCACCUCUACCAAAUGGAGCAGACAAGGAGGGGGAUCCACUUAGUGGGCUAAAUCACAUCAGUCAGCGAAAUAGCAGAGCAGGUGCUGGUGAUUUCAGCAUCAAGCGACAUGGACAGCUUGACCUGAGAGACUUCGGCUUUAGAUUAGAUUGUGGCUGUGAGAUUUUUAAAGAUCCUGUUGUGUUGUCCUGUAGUCACAGUGUCUGUAAAGACUGUAUUCACAGAUUCUGGGAAAGUAAAGGAGCUCAAGAAUGUCCAGUUUGUAGAAGAAUAUCAACAGAGGAUCCUCCAUUAAAUCUGGUUUUGAAGAAUCUGUGUUUGAGUUUCUUACAGGAGAGAAGUGAGAGAUCUUCAUCAGUCUGUCAUCUUCACAAUGAGAAACUCAAACUCUUCUGUCUGGAUGAUCAACAGCCCGUGUGUGUCGUGUGUCAAGUGUCCAGAACACACAACAACCACAAAUUCUGUCCUGUUGAUGAAGCUGUCGGCGAGAAUAAGGAGAAACUCAGAAGUGCAUUAAAACCCUUACAGGAGAAACUGAGAAUAUUUGAGGAGUUUAAACAGAAUUGGGACAAAACAGCAGAACAUAUAAAGAUUCAGAGUCGCCGCACAGAGACGCAGAUUCAUGAAGAGUUUGAGGAACUUCACCAGCUUCUACAUGAUGAAGAAUCAGCCAGAAUAAGAGCACUGAGAGAGGAAGAGGAGCAGAAGAGUCAGAUGAUGAAGGAGAAGAUUGAGAAGAUCAACAGAGACAUUUCAUCUCUUUCACACACAAUCAGAGGUGUAGAGGAGCAGAUGACAGCUGAAGAUGUUUCAUUCCUACAGAACUUGAAGAGCACACUGAAGAGAGUUCAGUGUGGAGCGUCAGAUCCAGCGAACAUCUCAGGAAUGAUGAUCAAUGUAGCAAAACAUCUCAGCAACCUGAAGUUUACGGUCAUACACAAGAUGAAGGACAAUGUUCAAUACACUCCAGUGACUUUAGAUCCAAACACAUCUCACUGUGAACUCCUCGUGUCUGAUGAUCUGAUCUGUGUGAGAUUCAGUGAAGAUGCAGCAGAUCUGAUUCCUGAUAAUCCAGAGAGAUUUGAUGUGUCUGAGUGUGUUUUGGGUUCAGAGAGUUUUAGUUCAGGGAUUCACUGCUGGGAUGUUCAGGUUGCAGAUAACACUGACUGGGCUCUGGGUGUGAUUACAGAAUCUGCACAGAGGAAGAAUGACAUAUUCUCCAGGACUGGAGUCUGGUAUGUGUAUUAUUUCUCUGGUGAUUAUGCUGCAGUCAUUACACCAGAAACAGCUCUUGUUCUCUCAGUGAAAGAGAAAGUUGAGAGAAUCAGAGUUGAGCUGGAUUGUGACGGAGGAAAACUGUCAUUCUCUGAUCCUCUCACUAACACACACAUACACACUUUCACACACACGUUUACUGAAGGACUUUAUCCAUUGUUUUAUAAUUACUGUAACAUUUCUCCUCUGAUGAUCUUACCUGUAAAAUCACAACAGUAA